CCCGUAGGAGAGACACGUCGACGGCACAAAAUCGUUGGAAGAGCAGACCUAUGGAAGAAAUCAAAGGUUCAAGAAAGACCAUUUCCCCAUCUAACAACCUGGCGAAUUAGUUCCGGAGAGCCAUAGACGGCGAACCCUCGGCGGAGAAUAAGUAGAAAAGCCGGCGAACGGGUAAUUCAAUCGGGAAAUCGAACUCUACAGAGGGACGGAGAGAGGGAGAUAGAGCCUGUUGUUGUUGCUGGGCCAUGGAGAACGCACAGCAGCCCAGCGGCGGAGGAGCCCUAGCUGGAGAUGAUCUCGCGUCCCUGUCGUCGUCCCCCGCAGCCGUCGUCUCGCAGUGGACGUUCGCCGUCACGCGGCGGUACCAGCACAUGCUGGACAAGACGGUGCCGCACAUCUGGUACCGGUGGAUCGGAUGCUUCCUGGCCGCUCUAAUCUACGGAUUGCGUGUCUACUUCGUUCAGGGGUUCUACGUCGUUACCUACGGCCUUGGAAUCUAUAUGCUCAACCUGUUGAUUGGAUUCCUCUCGCCGCAGAUUGAUCCGGAGGUCAGCGACGGCCCCUCGCUCCCCACGCGCGGAUCCGAUGAGUUCCGUCCCUUCGUCCGACGCCUACCCGAGUUCAAGUUCUGGUACUCUAUUACCAAGGCUUUCUGCAUUGCGUUUUUCAUGACAUUCUUCGCUGUGUUUGAUGUGCCUGUGUUCUGGCCUAUACUUCUAUUCUACUGGAUCGUGCUGUUUGUCCUCACAAUGAGAAGACAGAUUAUGCAUAUGGUCAAAUACAAAUAUGUUCCUUUUUCUUUCGGCAAGCAGCGAUAUGAUGGAAAGAAGACACCAUCAAGUGAUAACCUAACCAGGGAUUGAAUGCCUCAGGUAUAACUUCUCUAUAUCAUAACUCUAUAGAUGAAGUGGGAUUCCUUUCUACUUACGUCUGAAUCAGAUUGACAAAUGCCAACAAGCUCUGAGUUGUUUCUUGUGGAACCUUUUUGUUUGCAGGUUGAGAAUCUAGAUGGGGAAAAGGUGGGGUUUGUUCCUAAUCCUAGGCAUUGAUCGAGGGGUCUAAUUUUGUUUCCCUCAUUUGAUUUUAAUUUUAUGUUUCAUUUAUGUAUACUCGUUGAUAUCGCACCACUGUGAAUCUUUAUAUAUCUAUACUAGUUAGAGAAGCAUAAGGUGAAUUCUCUAAAGUCAGAUUCGGCAUCCUUGUUAAUCGUAAUGUGAUUGAUUUACCCAGUUGAUGAACUUAAGAGUUAAGAUUUAAAGAAUCUCUAGUAUUUGUUAUAUUCAGGAUGGCUCUUUUCAGAGUUUUUAGAUCAGAAAGCAGCACCGAUUUGUAGGAUAGUUGUUUCAAAGCAUGGUUGAAUUGAGCUGAUUCAGCAGCAAACAUUUGUUUUCAAUUUGGUUUGCAUAUAUAAGUCCCAGCCUUGCAUUUCCUUUAUACUAAGACAAUGUAGGUUCUGCUUUCUGUAUACUGAGAAAAAGAGGAGAAAGAUAAGGUAGAGGUAGGGAUUGCAUUCGAGUGUAAUUCUCGUUUCAUGCAUACAAUCAUUAUUUAGAGUUAAUACAAUGGAAUUUAGGGG